AUGGAGCAUCAGAAGACAUUGCUAACCGACUACCAGCAAAUCCGUUCGGAAGAUCCUGUGGAGAUGCUUCGCUUGACGGGUGAGGGAGGCAAAGAAUUCACUGCAGAUGUCAGAAGACACAUUCCUCGACUUUGCAAAGUGUUUAAGGCACACAUUUCUAGUCAAAACUCGGAGCUAAGUAAUGCAGCAUUACAGGCGUUGGGAUUCUGCGUUUUUAGUUCAAAGAUUGCAUCUGAAUUAUCUGCAACUGAAAUACAGGACUUGCUUUCAAUGGUGAACAGCGUUGCGGUAAAAACUUCAGACAAAAACACUCGCACUCGGGCACUUUGGGUGAUCUCUAAGCAGGCGUUUCCUUCUGAAAUUGUUAAAAAGGAGGUGUCCAGUAUUAUUUCUACCCUGGAGACAAUACUUACUAAAGGAGAUGUACAGUCUAUGGUGGUUGAAUAUGAAGCACUAAAUGUUAUUAUACGCUUAAUGGAGCAAACUCCAGCCCAGAUGGGAGAAGAGGCUGUGAGGUGGGCAAAACUGAUCAUUCCUCUGGUCGUCCAUUCAGCUCAUAAGGUGCAGUUACGAGGUGCCACUGCGCUGGAGAUGGGCAUGCCACUGCUUCUCCAGAAACAGCAGGAGGUGGCGGCUGUCACGGAGCACCUAAUGACCACAAAAUUAAUUUCAGAACUUCAGAAAUUGUUUUCUACAAAAAAUGAGACUUACGUGUUAAAAUUAUGGCCGCUGUUUGUCAAAUUACUUGGAAAGACUCUGCAUCGUAGUGGCAGUUUUAUCAACUCACUGCUGCAACUGGAGGAACUUGGAUUUCGUAGUGGCUCACCAGUGGUAAAGAAAAUAGCCUUCAUUGCAUGGAAGAGUCUAAUAGAUAAUUUUGCUCUAAAUCCAGAUAUAUUGUGCAGCGCUAAAAGGCUGAAAUUGCUAAUGCAGCCGCUGAGCUCGAUCCAUGUGAGAACAGAGGCUUUGGCACUGACAAAACUGGAGGUCUGGUGGUAUUUACUCAUGAGGCUGGGACCUCAGCUGCCUGCAAACUUUGAACAGGUUUGCAUACCAUUAAUCCAAAGUACUUUAAGUCCAGAUUCUUCUGCUGCAUUACAAGGAACUCCCUCACGUGUACCCGCCAACCAAAGCUUAGCCCCGGCAACCCCUGUGCAGAAAUCAGGUCCUUACGCGUUUGCAAAUCCAGUCACACCAAGGAUGACCUUGAAUUCUAGUACAGCGGGAAUGGUGGUGCUUCCUUCCAUUCAGCUUUUGGGAAUUGAAAUGCUGCUUCACUUCAUGAUGGGACCAGAAGUUUUAAAUUUUGCUAAGCAAAACAAACUUGUACUCAGUUUAGAGCCUCUCCAGUACCCACUGAUCAGUAGCCCUUCUUUUUUUUGUAAACAUGCCAGCACACUUAUAAAUGCAGUUCAGGACGGCUUUAUUGCAAUUGGAAAAGAAGUUCCUGAUUGCAUGCUGAAUGUUAUAUGGAAGGACAUAAAUGGAUAUGUAAAAACAGCUAUUGAAUCAGGAAAUAAGAAAGAAAAACAAGGGUCAGAAAUACUGACUAUGUUGCUCCAGGCAUUAAAAAAUACUGUUGGAUCAAAUUCUCUUCCUGUGCAGAAAAUACUGUCCCUCAUUGAUAUUACUGUUAAGGAAUUGCCUCCAAAAGUAUUGGGAUCACCAGCUUAUCAGGUUGCUGAUAUGGAUCUUUUAAAUGGAACGCCAGCUUUGUUCUUAAUUCAGCUGCCUUUCCAAAAUAACCUCUUGGAAUGCUGUGUAACAGAUGAGAGAUUCUUUGUAAUUCUAGAAACGCUCGUGGGUUAUGUUUUGUCUGGGCCUACAUCUCCGCUGGCUUUCAGUGAAUCUGUGAUCUGCAUUAUUAAUCAGAGUGCCAAGCAAGUGGAAAAUAAGGAGCAUCUUUGGAGAAUGUGGAGCAUUGUUGUUAAUCCGCUAACCGAAUGGAUUAAUCGGACUAAUGAAGUAAACCAGGGCGAUGCACUGGAACACAACUUCAGUGCUGUUUAUAGCGCGUUGUUGCUACCAGUAUCGCAUAUAUUCCCCGUCCCGGAAUUUCCACAGCCAACUAUGAAAUCCUUGUUGCGCACUUGGUCAGACCUGUAUAGAGCAUUUGCUCGCUGUGCUGCUUUAGUUGCAACAGCAGAAGAAAACCUAUGCUGUGAAGAACUUUGUGCCAAAAUAAUAUCUGGGCUAGAAGGUGAAACUCCAGUAAUGUUCUCAAUGAUGGACAGUCUCACCCAUGUGAUAUCAGUUAUGGUUGACUGCAUCAACUUUGCACCAUAUGGUACUAAAUAUCAGCCAAAAACCAGAUCUCCACAGACACCUACAGAUUGGUCUAAGAAGAAAAAGGAACCCCUUGGAAAGCUUGCCUCUCUAUUUAAACUCCUGGUGAUGUUACUAAACUCUUUCCAUGUGUUCAGUUCCAAAGAAAUCUGUUCAGAAACAUUGGUCUCUGUUGGUCCUUCAAUUAUUGCUGUUCUUCACAACAUCAUCAGCCACGUUUCAUUGCCUUCAGUGAUCGGGACUAUGUUUGCAAUUUUUUCAAAACCCCUGGCAGUGUUUUAUGAAAAAACAAAGCAUGCUGAUGGAUCUAAAGUAUACAGUAACCUUACCAACAAGCUUGAAAAGCUACUGGCCGAGAUUAUCCUGUGUUUACAGUCUCACUGCACCGGCUCUUACGAUAGCGAGCUGCUAGAGCAGCUUUCUCCCUUGCUCUGUGCCAUGUUUCAGCAUAAGAGCAAACAGAUCCGCAACCAGUGUGCCCACUUCUGGAAUGCGACAUUUGCCAAGACUACGUCGUUAAUGUAUCCUGAAGAGUUAAAAUCUGUGUUAAGCCAAGCCAAAAAGAAAAUGCCACUCUUGCUGCCUGGUUUUGAAAGCUUUGAGAUAGCUGAAGAAUACAGCGGCCCCUUCUCCGAUGCGAUGGAAAACUCAGAGCUGGAUGCAAAGAUAAGUGGAAUGGAAGUAAACCUGGGUCAAAAACGAGACUCUAUAUUGGCACGGACAAGUGAACUGAAAAACGAAGCGCAAGACCAGUCCAGUAAUGUGCAAGUGACAACUGCAAAGUUGAAACUGGAAUUUUCAUCUGUGAAGACUAAAAGUGAGAUGCUUUUGGAAGAGGAGAAGUCUGUUGAUUUUGUGUUUAUUCCUCCGGAAACAAAAGCAAGAAUAUUGACGGAACAUCAAAAAGAAGUGCUUAGGUCAAAGAGAGUUGGUAUUCCUGCCAUGUACAACAAUUUGGAUGCGUCACAAGACACUACCUUAUUUUCUCAGUACACUCAAAGCCAGGAAGACUCUUUGGAAAAGUCAUCUUUAACGGGAAACACAAAAGAAGAUGCUAACCCCAAGCCUCAGGAAGAAAACGCCAAGAGCAAAGGAAGCACCGACAAAUCGGACGAAAUCGCAGAGGACUGCAAAUCGGAGAAUCCUCCUGAGAAUGCUGCUGGUGUGAGGAAGCCAUCCGUCACCCCUGCAGAGGAGAGCUCGACUUUGAACAGUGAGGGAGGGUCAAAAAGGGCUGCAGCUGAAGGGAUUCAGGAGGAGCCACCGGAUGGAGCGGGAUUAGAGAACAGUACUGCGGAAACAGGUUCAAAGGAGCCCUUGAUCGGGAACGAAAACACCUCAAACGUCAGCAACAGCUCAACUUCAAGUGAUGUAAUUUCUGGAACGCCGCAGCCUGCGAGCCGGCGGCAGUCUUUUAUCACUUUGGAGAAAUUUGGUAGUUCAGAGAACAGACCCUUUAGCCUCUCGGCCCUGAACAGUUUAUCAGAGACGUCUGGAAGCCCUUCUGCGGCCGGUAAACAGGAAAACGCAAAUGUAAGCAAGACUGGUGCUAAACCAGAAAAAUCUGGAGAAGAAAAUAAAAAGCCUCCAAAAUCUGGGUCUGAACAAAUAUUUACUGCAAUACGAAGGCUAACUCGCAGGCAGAGUAAAAUGGAGCACCAAGGAGAUAAGCAGUCCAGGUUGUUCUUUAGGUCCGAACAAGAGAAAAGCGCACAAGAGUCUUCUGCUUCCAGCAGUAUGGAAAACAGUCCUGAACUACGUUCUGCAAUAGACGACAUGGAACAUAUUCUCCUUGCCCAGUCCCAAGCUCUCCAUUCUACGGAAAUAGAAAUCAAAAAAGUUGAAGAUUCGAUAGCAGAAAUGGAAAAGGCUCAGGCAUUAGAUAUGGAGUCUAAAGAAAAUACACCCCCAGAGACGACCGCGCCAUCUGACCAGCUAUCAGGGGACGAUGGUCAGGUUCCACACAUGUGUCCUAAUCAGAAAAUACGAAGACGUUCUUCAAGACGACGGUCAGAAACUCUGGAAAGUACAGCAGGUAGCCAAGAUAAGGAAGAUGGCCACCAAAAGAGAGACAGUCGUAAGGAAGACGAAAAGUCUGUGCAAAAGAAGGUGCCACAGACUAAAGACGAUGCGUCCCAAAAGCAGAAAGCGGUUUCUGGGAAAACUGUGGAAAAUACAAAUAAAGAAAGCAACCUACCCGAGAGACCUGCUGCAGAGGAGUUAAGCUCAAAGGAGUCCCCGGCUUCAAGGGGCCUUGACGAGGAAGCGAACAAAAGUGCUAGGAGGUCAGAAGAUAACAUGAAGGCUGACACGGAAGGUCAAGACUGUAGCUCGAGUACCGUGGGUCAGAAGAAGAUUGAACGGCCGCGCUACCACACGAGGAGAGCUUCACAAGGAUUGCUUUCCAGCAUAGAAAAUUCAGAGGCUGAUGGCUCCGAGACCAAGGAGGAAAGCGCAAGGAAGAAGAGGUCUGCAAAAGUGAAAAACAGAAGUGAUUCUCUGGAAGGUAAAUUGAAAGAUCUGCAGCCAGGAAGCCAUAGCCAUGAGGUGUCCUCCCAAGGAAACGAAGCCAAGCAUCUGUUGGAAAAAAGUAAAGGAGAACUAAGCCAUGAAGUCAGCACGAAUGCCGCACUGACAUCCGAACCCUGUGACCUGAAAAACCAAGUAACUCCUACAGAUGCUAGCAAAGCUGCGGGAUGUGCCAGCCCCGGGAAUUCACCCGACGCACAGAACGCAAACGUGGAACAAAACCAGAGCAACAGAUUGACGGAAUCGUUCACCAGCCCCUGUGCAUCUGAUCAGGAUUUGAAAGCAGCAGAGGAAAAAGAACACCUUGAGAAGCAAAUGAGCAUAGAAGACCGUUGUUCAACUCCUCUGCCUGAAGGCGUACCAGGAGCAAACGCUCCGUGUGGUGAUCCUUCCUCUUUGCAAGUACCCGAGUGUCAGCUCAAAAGAAGCAAGAGGCUGAAAAGACUCAGGAACUGUGAUUGCUGUUGUAAAGAGUCAAAGCGGCAAGUGAUGUCAUUCACCGAUUCAAAAACUGAGAACACUCAUGAACUGAACGAGCCCCACACCACCGCAGCUCAGACGUCUGUAAAUUCAUCAGAGCUCUCUGGUAACUCAAACUUCGAUGAGAGCUUGUCCAUGGCACCGUGUGCAAUGAGCACUCCGCUGCAUCCUCCUAAGGACUCCGGCGUGUUUAACUUGGAAAGAGAGAGGACAUCGGAAGAUAAUCUGCAAGGAGAUGGUGUUGGAGCAGAGGAGGAUCUGGACAAUCCGGAGCAUACAGCAAGUGAAAUGAGCGACUCGAUAGUGGAAGUGAAAGAACCUGCUGAUCCGAGUGGCCAAAGCGAAGACCGUCCGUCUGAGCAGGUUUCAGAUGAGCCUGGGGACUGCUGCCCGGCCGCGGGGGAUCCAAGCGAAGAGCCAGCAGCUGCACGAGAGGAAGACGUAAGCCAGAACGGACAACUGGAGGAGGUGCCCAAGGCGCUGAUUGUUGUUAGCAAACCUGAGAACGAACUGAUGAAUGAGCUAGAAAGCAAUCAGGAUGGUGAAGCAGCAGCUGAGAACAAUGUAGAAACUUGCAUUAUUCAAGAUAAAGAGGUGAAGGAGGAAUUAGUGGAAAUUGAAAUUACAGUGCCUGAGAACGUGGCCUCAGACAAAGAAGACGCAGUAGAAAAUAACGGUGUGGAUUCACCUCAAAAGCAGGAAGAUGAGGAUUCUUUAAUGUUAGUUAAUGAAAGCCCCAAUGGCAUGCAGGCACGCUGCAUGUGGUCUCCUUCAGCUUCCCCAUCCACUAGUAUCUUAAAGAGAGGUGUGAAAAGAAAUCAAGAUGAUGAUUCCCUGUCGCCCGCCAAUAAGAUUCGCCGAGUCUCUUUUGCAGACCCAAUUUAUCAAGAAGGGCUGGCAGAUGACAUCGAUAGGAGAAGUCCUGUCGUUAGAUCCCAUUCUUCUUCACCAUCUUCCCGAAGUCUUAAAAUUUUAUCUAAUAUUCAGGCUAAGCAUAUUACCACUCCAACCAAAGGAUUUCUGUCCCCAGGAUCUCGUAACCCUAAAUUUAAGAGCUCAAAGAAGUGUUUAAUCACGGAGAUGGCCAAGGAAUUGCUGCCUUGCCCUACAGAAUGUGUGUAUCCUGCCUUAGCUGGCUGCAAAGCACCGGUCGAUGUGAUUUUACCUCAGAUUACAUCAAACAUAUGCGCCAGAGGCUUGGGGCAGCUCAUUCGAGCAAAGAACAUCAAGACGGUUGGUGACCUGAGCAAUCUGACAGCAUCAGAAAUCAAAACUCUUCCCAUCCGCUCGCCGAAAGUUUCCAAUGUUAAAAGAGCUCUUAAAGGAUAUCAUGAGCAACAGGUAAAAUCUCGAGGAUUUGAGGAAAUCGCAGUGCUUGAAGAUGCAGAAAAGCCUGUAAAUAACGUAGAGGAUAAAUCUCUUUCUGUAGAUGAAGAAAAACUUGCAGCAGAUUUGAUUGAACCAGUUGCCUUGAAUACGGAUGACCAGCCCGCCGCGGAUCUUCUCAGCCAGAUCGACGCCCUUGCUGCCCAGCUGACCUCUGAAGAGCUUCAUGGCUACUCAGGAAGCCAACUGUUUGAGAUGCAAGAAAAACUGGUUGGCAUGACAAACUGUAUCAUGAAAAACCUGCAGUCCCGCUGGAAAUCGCCCCCCCAUGAAAGUUCUGAUUAGUUGCUUAUGAUCUCGAAGUAAGGAGGAUUUUGUUACAUGAAUUUUCCCCCAAACCUGCUUUUCUUACUGGUGAAUUAUUCCUGAACCUGUGCGUUUUGCACUAUAUAGAAGAUUUUUUUAACACCUGUAUGAGCAAAUGGUAUCAUGAUUGGGUUUUGUUUGUUCAUUUUUAAUUUGCGGGAUUGCUCCUGCCCCUAGGAGAGGUAUUUGUAUUGUAUUGCUAUGCAUAUUUCUUUCAGGUAGUGAAAGGAAACUCGAUGAAGUUGUGCAAUAGCAAAGACUGUGAAACCAAACCAACAGAGUAGUUAAAUUAUUUUUUUUUUUUUUUUUCAAAUCCAAAGUGUUCUUACUGCUGCAAACGCGUCUGUCUGGUAAGAGAUCAUCUCCUGGCUCUGCUCGGCUGCUGCCCCUCUCUUCUUUCCUUUCAAGUUGCUCAAGCUCGGACAGCCAGCGGCGCUCUCUUCAGCACCGUGUUACGCUGCGAUAAGCUGAGCUUAAUUCCUUAAGCAGCAACAGUGCGGGAGCCCGGUGUUUGACGACCGGGUGACGUCUGGUUUUGCAUCUAUUUUUGUAGGACUCCCCCUGAGCAGCUGCUGGGCCCCGUCAGGCGGAAAGGCUUUGCAGAACUUCUCAGGCUUUUACCCGUUUCUGUUUGCAGCAGUUCUCCGGCGCUGGAGACGGCUUUUUCCGUGGGGAAACGAAUGGAUUUGACGCGAGCUCCUUGUAUAUUGUGUACAGACUUAACGACGGCAAAUGGUGGUUAAUAAUUUAUGAUUUUUGAGGUUUUGUUGCAUGGAAUGCAUUGCUGCUUCUCAGAGACCUUCCGAGAGGAUUCUCAGGUUUUACUCUGGAAAUCUGAUGUGUAUAUAUUGUACUGCAGCCAGCGGGCCGGGCACUCGCUGAAAGGAAUUGCUGCAGGUGGUUUUAGAACUUACUUACACACGGGCAAA